GCAGAGCUCAAAUUUCUACGAUUACGAAAACGAUUUAGAAUGAAAUCUUCAAAUUUUUUCAUUAUAAAUAUUAGAUUGGAAAUUUUCAAAAGCAUAAUUCCUUGCAAGAAGAAAAUACAAUAUUUCUAUAAAUUAUUUUUUCUCUCAGUAAAAACUAUGAUGUAUCGACAAUUUUUCAAUGCACCGAGCGAUAAGUUUAACAGUUUUUACGGAACGGUCAUAACGAUGUUGAACAAUAUUUCUUUGAUAAUAAGUCUAUACUUAUACUCUGGGAAUUCCGUAAGUGUAAGAAAAAUAAAAUCAGUUACUUCAGAGUAACACAACAUAGUAGACGUGUACCAAACUAAUAAUUUAAAAAAAUGGGGACACUAGAAAGAGUUGAAAGAGAAACGGAAAAAUUGCGAGAAGAAUUUUUGUAUUACGUACUUCAAUGGGACCCGAAAUGGUUUACGAAAGAAAAUGAAAGUACAAUACAAUUAAAUUCUAUUAUGCUACUAAAACUCAAACCGUUAACGUUAUUUUACAAUAAUUAUGAUGAUUAUUAUCAAGCUCAGUUAUCAUCUUUGCUUUAUGAUUUUUGGUAUAGAUUAAACGAUAUAAGUCUAAGAAAUCACAAAUGUGAAAAAGUGUCUGACAUUACGUUAUCAAAAACUCCAUUGCUAUUGGAGUGUAUAUCAGUGAAUUCAAAAAAUGACAAAGUUUAUCGUAUUACAAUGAGAGCUAGAAUUUUAUAUGGUAUGAAAUUACACUAUGCAAGUCGAGGUUAUUUGGUAAAAUUUAAAAACCCAUUAAAUGAAAAUACUGAACAACUUGCGUGUGUCGAAUCCGUUCUGUAUGAGAAAUUACAUGGGAAACGUAAAUUCCAAUUAACAUAUGGUUUAAUUAUUAAAUAUCAGGAAAAUAGCGAGAUUCCUAAUACAAUUGUUUUAGAAUCAGUGACACCAUCACUAUCAGUAUAUCUGAGUUAUGUUGAUUCAUUGAUAAAUAUUUCUAAAUCUCCAUUAUGUGAGGCCAUUUUGAGUCCAAGUAUUAAAGAAUAUGAAUUUUCAUCAAUUAGUGAUGAUGAUAAAAUUGAGCCAUUCGUUGAAGAGAAAUUAAACUCCAAACAAUUGGAUAUUAUUGCAAGGACUGUUAAAACAGUUGAGGAUGAAAAACCUGGCAUAUUUAUGAUCUCAGGAGCUGCAGGAACAGGAAAAUCGAAGAUCAUUGUCGAAAGUAUUUUGUCAAUGCUAAUUAGGAAAAGUACUGAUAAAAUAUUAGUCUGUGGGCAAUCUAAUGGGGCAAUUGAUUCCAUUGUUUUACAAUUAUUAGAUGCAAAGGAAAAGUUAUUACAAAAAGGAACAAAGUUAAAUAUAAUACGAAUUGGACGUGAAGAUAAAAUAAAUGAACGAGCAAAAGCAGUAUCUUUUAACGAACUAAAAAAAAUAUGUGGAGGCACCAGGGAUCGGCGUUAUCGAUAUUUUCGAUGAUCUGUUUUUAAGUAAUCGAUGCAAUCAUGGAGGAAAAAAUUUUCCACGAGAUAGUUUAUAACUUUUUCAUAUAUAAAUAUUUUUCAAUAAAAAUUGACGGUAAUAACCUUCAAUAAUAAUAGUACCCGGGAAAAAAUAAAUUAGAUCUUCGUAGAUCUAAAUUUUGGCGCUAACUAAAGUACGCUACAUAUCUAUAUAUUUAUUAUUAAGCACGAUGUAAGUAGAUCUACAAAGAUCCAAAAAUUUUUCUUGGUUAUAGGAGUUCGUAAUAUACGUAGAUCAACGUUCAUCUAAGUAGAUCUAAGGAGAUCUACGUAUACCUCCACGCGCCAUUUUUUUCAUCAACGUAGAUCUACGCGUAUCUAUGGAGAUCUAAUUUAUUUUUUCCCGGGUAGUAAUGAACACUUAAUAAAGUAAAAAAAAAAAACCCGAUCCCCAAAUUCCUUCAUUUUCCCUUUCAAAAAUAUUCGAAAAGAGGUUGACCCUGCAGGCCACCCUGACAACUUCCCGCUCUGCGAGCUUAACACGUUGAAAUCGAAGAUUUUUGAGCUCUUCGAGCUCAAUAAUUUUUUUGUGAACUUUCGCAACAACAAUAUCUUACAAACAAAUUGACCAAUUCUAAUUUUCGAAAAGUCAUUAGACGUAAUCUUUUGAGUACUAAAAAUGUUGUAAAGAACCAAAAUCGAAAAGUCUUAAAAUUUCAAAGUUAUGAUAAAAAAACUUUUUUUUUAAAUAUUUAAAAACCCAUAACUUUUGAACGCGUUGUUCGAUUUCGACGUUCAAGACGGCAAUCAACGCGGGUUUUUGAGCACUUAAAAUGUUGUAAGAAAAACAAAGUCGAUAAGUCUCAAAAUUUCAAAGUUAUCUUGAAAAAACGUUUUUUUUUGAAAUUUUUGAAAUGCCAUAACUUUAAAACGCGUGGUUUGAUUUCAAUGUUCAAGACGGCAAUCGAUGCAGUUUUUUGAAGCCUAAAAAUGUUCUGAUGAGAGCAAAAUCGAUUAGACGUAAAGUCUCUAAGUUAUUCUAUGAAACGCUUGUUUUUUAAUUUUUUCGAUUUUUUGGUUUUCGAUAUCUCACGAACGAAUCAACCGAUUUUGAUUUGCAAAACGGCAUUCGACGUCGUUUUUUGAGCUUAAGAGCUGAUUAGGUUUCCUUAUUGAGAGGUUUGCAUGUUUAGGUUUCCACUAUAUUUAAAUGGUGUAUUACCGUACGAAGGACGGUGUGGCUCAAUAAGUUAUAGAUCAAAUUGAACGGAAUAUAGUAUAGGGCCGGAUAGCUCAACUGGUAGAGCACUCGGCGCGAUACCGAAUUGGUCUGGGUUCGAUUCCCAAUUCGGGCUAUCUAUAUUUUUCUCAAUUUAUCUAUAAAUUGUCUUAUUGAGAGGUUUGCAUGUUUAGGUUUCCACUAUAUUUAAAUGGUUUCCACUAAAUUUAAACAACGAAGUUGAGGCCUGAAUAGUUUAUCUUCAUUAAAAAAUUUUAAAUAGAACCCUUGAAUUGGAGUAAUUCCAUUAUUAA